UCAGGUUGUUGUUGAUCUCAACGGGAACCAGUUAGUCGUCAAGAUGCCGGAACCUGCCAAGUCCGCUCCAGCUGCGAAGAAAGGCUCCAAGAAAGCUGUCACUAAGACCCAGAAGAAAGGGGAUAAGAAACGGAAGAGAGCCAGGAAGGAGAGCUACUCCAUCUACGUGUACAAGGUGCUGAAGCAGGUGCACCCAGACACCGGCAUCUCGUCCAAGGCCAUGGGCAUCAUGAACUCCUUCGUCAACGACAUCUUCGAGCGCAUCGCCGGGGAGGCGUCCCGCCUGGCGCACUACAACAAGCGCUCGACCAUCACGUCCCGGGAGAUCCAGACCGCCGUGCGCCUGCUGCUGCCCGGGGAGCUGGCCAAGCACGCCGUGUCCGAGGGCACCAAGGCUGUCACCAAGUACACCAGCUCCAAGUAAAUAUGAUCACCAAACACAUUCGAAAUGGCUCUUUUAAGAGCCGCCCAUCUUUUCAAUUAAAGAGCUAUCAU